CUUACAUACAAAAGGAGUAGUGUCUUCAUUCCUUUACUAAUCCUUCCAUUCGUGUGUUUUCAGCUUGGUCCUCUCCACAGACACAGAAUGGACCAGCAUAAACAAAGAAUUGCAAAUCUGAGGCAAGAGAACAGAAACCUCAAAUCUGAAAACAGCAAACUAAGGUCACAACUUCAGGACAUUCAAAAUGAACUGCCCAGCCGCGAAGUGAGGUCACCACCUCAGGACAGGCAGAAUGAAUUGCCCAGCCCCAAAGAGAGGUCACCACCUCAGGACAGCCAGAAUGAAUUACCUAGCCCCAAAGAGAGCAUGAGUAAAGCAGUGGACCACAAAUUAGAAAGUAGUGACGAGUCCAGAGAAUCUGAACCGCCAACUGUGCUCAAGAAACGUGUAACUAAGAAGCACUGGGUGAAACUCCCGUUCCAGCUGAGCUCAACAGAAAAUGAUGGGCAGCAGCCACAGGAAACGAAUGCAGAUGAUCCAAAGAGCUGCUGGAUGCAAUCAGAGGAUGUGACGAAGAAACCACUAAAACAGUGCACUUCACCAGCAAAGGCAUUUAGUCCUCGGACCCAACCUAAAGUAUCACUAGUCUCUAUCGGCAUAGAUUUCGGCACAGCAUUCACUGGAUACAGCUUCGGGUUUAAAGGAGCAAAACAGAUUCGGCAGCCUAAAUGGGGUGAAGAGUACGGAAUGAACACCCCCAAAACUCCUACCUGCAUUUUGUUUGAUGAAAAUAAAAAUUUUCUGAAGUUUGGCUAUGAUGCCAUAAUGUAUUACACCAGACAGACACGGAGAAAUGAAGCAAAGAAGCUUUUCCUCUUUGACGACUUCAAAAUGGAGCUCUAUGGCAAGGUGUUGCACAGAGACUCAAUGAUGACUGCCAAAAACGGGAAAAAAAUGAGAGCUAUGAAAGUGUUCUCUGAGAGCCUGAAAUUCAUGAAAGAUCAUGCCCUGGAUAUGAUGGGAAAGCACACAGCUGGAGUAACGUACUCUGCCUCUGAUGCUACAUGGGUUUUGACGGUUCCAGCCAUUUGGAGCUCUGCAGCUAAACAGUUCAUGACAGAAGCAGCUACAGAGGCUGGUCUGGUGACAGAAUCUGAGCCUGAAAGACUGAUUGUAGCGCUGGAACCAGAAGCUGCAUCUGUGUGGUGUAAACAGCUCCCAAAGGAAGGUUUUAUGGAAGGAGAUCUUACAGAAGCAGAGACAAUAGAACAAGUUCCAGGAACACAGUACAUGGUGGUGGACUGUGGAGGUGGAACCAUCGACAUCACGGUGCAUGAGGUGGUGGAAGGGGGUCGUCUAAAGGAGCUGCACAGAGUAUCGGGAAAUAACUUGGGUGGCCAGACAGUGGACAAGAACUUCAUAGCAUUCCUCAGAGAGAUAUUCUCUGAAAAGGUGUUUGAUGAGUUUGAGAAAAACUAUCCCAGUGAGCUGAAGAGGCUGAUGUAUGAUUUUUCCAUGUGUAAGCGUUAUGAAGGAGAGGUGCUGGUGCAGUGUCCUUAUAAUUUACAAGAGCUAGCCAGGAAAGUAAAAGACAUAGAAGACUAUUUUGAGGGAAACAGUGAUGCUGAAUGGGAAAGUGGGUCAAUAUUGCUGUCAGGGACAAAGUUGAGAGCUUUACAUGAAGACUGUAUCCAAGGCAUAGAGAACCUGAUGGAAGAUAUUUUGGAGAAAAGCAACCUGACCAUCAGGUAUAUCUUGCUUGUUGGAGGCUUUGCCCUGAGUCCUUACGUGAACGGCUUUGUUAAAGAGAAGUUUGGGUCUAAGUAUAAGGUGCUCUGCCCUAUGGAUGCUACAAUGGCUGUUGUGAAUGGAGCUGUUAUAUUUGGCAGGAUGCCGAAUGUGGUGGAAUCACGGAUCUGAGUACUGUGAUGUUUGUUUUCACUGCCUGGAAAAGAAUGGCAGGUGAAUGUUUUUGAUGAAAGUAAAGGGUACACCUUUAGUACACUGAUGCAGCACUGUUAGUGUGAAAUCUGAUUAAAGAACUGAAUAAUAUACAUAUUUAUGUUAUUUGGGGGAGGGGCUUAAUCAUUUGCUGUGCAGCAUUUUGAGAUUCUAAGAAACACAAAAAAAUCCAUACAUACAUUUAUACGUGUUUUUGUUCAUCUUCAUUAUAAAGCUUUGUACAAAACUUAAAGACCUGAACCUGAAAUGUUACAGAUAAUGCAGUUAAGAGAUUCUGGGUUUUUGGGAACACAUCAAAAAUAAAUAAGAAGAACUUUUUUCUGUUGAA